AUGGCGGUCUGCGAAUUUAAGGCGAUGCUGUUGGUGUGACGUAUAAUCUAGUGGACGGGACGCUUCUUUCAACAGCUUUCAGAAGCAAUAAUAGUUAGUCUGACACCUCGGUAGCUUGCAAGACAAAAAAUCUGAACCAAUAAAGCUCUUUAAACGUGUUAAUUAGCUGCUGUGUUUUAAACCCACGUUUGUCGUCUAGUUAGUUAUCCGAUUUGAUUUCAUAUUUACGGUAUUGUUAUUAGUCAGCGAGCGGUCUGGUUAAGUUAGCAUUAGCCUAGCUAACAUCUCCGACCAUGCGGUCACUAAGCCACUAUCCUGCUAAAGAAGAGGGAGAUAUCACAGUAAAACAAGAAGUAGAGGGUGAGGCCGUUACUAUGAAAGAAGAGGAAGACGCGUUCAGAGUGUUAGAGGAGGAUGUUACAGUAAAAGAAGAGGAUUAUGCAGUUUAUGGCGUGAAAGAGGAGGAGGAGAUGACUCUUACAUCGAAAAAGGAGGAGGAAGAAGAGGAUGAAACUGGAUAUCUGGGCCCUGUUUCCCAAACGCAUCUUAAGGCAUCCAAUGGUUCUAACGAUGAAUUUAGCCAUAAGAUGGUUUUGAGAAACCGUUCCCUGAUUAACACUAGAGAGAUACAGGACUAUCGUGGAUCCUCUGGGGAGCCUCAACAACUUCAUGAUGCUGACGAGGCAAAGAGUCUCUCCAGAUCAGAACACCUCAAUAAACACCUGCAGAGAUCCACGGGGAAGAGAACUCACUGCUUCUCUGACUGUGGGAAGAGAUUCACCUCAUCAGGCAUUAACAUUCAUCAGAGAGUUCACACAGGAGAGAAACCUUAUAGCUGUGGUCAAUGUGGGAAGAGGUUUACUCAGUCAACCGGCCUGAUAUCACACCAGAGAAUACACACCAGAGAUAAACCUUAUAGCUGUGGUCAAUGUGGGAAGAGGUUUACUCAGUCAACCGGCCUGAUAUCACACAAGAGAACACACACAGGAGAGAAAUCAUAUAGCUGUGAUCAGUGUGGGAAGAGAUUUACUGAGUCUGGGGCUCUGACUAAACACCAGAGAAUACACACAGGAGAGAAAUCUUAUAGCUGUGAUCAAUGUGGGAAGAGAUUUGCUGCAUCUAGCUAUCUGACUCUACACCAGAGAACACACACAGGAGAGAAACCGUAUGCCUGUGAUCAAUGUGGGAAGAGUUUUACUCAGUCAACCAACCUGAUAUCACACCAGAGAACACACACAGGAGAGAAACCUUAUGCCUGUGAUCAAUGUGGGAAGAGUUUUACUCAGUCAACCAACCUGAUUUCACACCAGAGAAUGCACACCGGAGAGAAACCUUAUAGCUGUGGUCAAUGUGGAAAGAGUUUUACUACAUCUAGCUAUCUGACUCUACACCAGAGAAUACACACAGGAGAGAAACCUUAUAGCUGUGGUCAAUGUGGAAAGAGUUUUGCUACAUCUAGCUACCUGACUCUACACCAGAGAAUACACACAGGAGAGAAACCUUAUAGCUGUGUUCAAUGUGGAAAGAGUUUUGGUCGAUCUGGCCAUCUGACAUCACACCAGAGAACACACACAGGAGAGAAACCAUAUAGCUGUGAUCAGUGUGGGAAGAGGUUUACUGAGUCUGGGGGUCUGACUAAACACCAGAGAACACACACAGGAAAUAAACCUUAUAGCUGUGAUGAAUGUGGAAAGAGUUUUACUACAUCGACCCAUCUUAUUACACACCAGAGAACACACACAGGAGAGAAACCUCAUAGCUGUGAUCAAUGUGACAAGAGAUACUCUGAUAAAAGACAUCUGAUCAAACAUCAGAAAAAACAUACAUGAGGGAGUUGUUUCAUGAUAUCAAUGAAAUAUCCCACUCAGCAAAAUGUAAUUGAAAAGAGGUUGAAAAUAAGACUAAGUCCGAAGUCCAAUAUACAUUCGGUUGAAAGUGAAAGUUGAGAAGAUGUUUUUCUGGUCAUUUAACUUAAUGUCAAUGUACUUGCAGCCUAUACACAUGGACGCAGUAUAAUAAAUUAGUCUAUAAUCAAUAUUAAUAACAAUCUUACAUCAUUCCAGUAUUUCUUGACAACAUUCAAGUGCUAAUUGUCUUCAUUCCACUACUGAAGAAGCAUGCCUCAAAUCACCUACUCAUAUUUCAAACAUUCAGCCUGACAAAAUAUACAUGUUUUAUUAUUCCAUGCCUCACCACUACGUGAAUUAUUCCCAAUAUAUAUUAACAAAGGAGUGUACAUUUGGUUUUGAUAAUUCAUAUUUACAAUUCAUGUAACAUUUAGUAAUCAUUAUUUAUGCAACCAACUGACACUUUUUGGCUACAAUUAUAUUGACAUACAAUAUAAUGCCUUGCGAAAGUAUUCGGCCCCCUUGAACUUUGCCACAUUUUGCCACAUUUCAGGCUUCAAACAU